AUGGCUGGAAAUGCUAGAUAUGAGUUGAGUUCGGCUAGUCCGGAGGAAUUAGGUUUUACAGGUAGCUAUUCUAAUGGGCCGAGGGGAAGUUAUCCUAGUGCCAGUUUCGAUAGGUCUGGAAGCUUCCGGGAGAGUAGUGAGAGCCGAAUGUUCAGUUCUGGGGCAAGUACACCCCGGGCUUCUGCUUCACCAGCUCGGAGUAUGGCCCCACUUACUCAAUAUCUGUCGUUGGAUCCAGUUACAAUGGGAGAUCAAAAAUAUACUAGAACAGGCGAGUUAAGGAGGGCUUUUGGGCUAACUCUUGGGAAGGAAUUGAAGCGGAUCAAAGCAGGUGUAUCAGAUGACAAUCGGAAGGCCAGGAGUAGAAUAAAAAUGUGGAAUGAAUCCUUGCUAAGAUGUCACAAAUUCUCAGAAGAAUUAAAUUCAAAGAAUCAACAACGAAGUGAGAUGCUGAUGAAUGAAAGGUCAGGUGGUUCAAACUUUUUGAAGAUGGGAACGGAGAUUCAUCGGAACCCUUCAGACCUUGGGACUCAAAGAUCAGAGGACCGGACUAAGAAUACUGUUUUGAAUAAGCGAGUUCGCUCUUCUGUAGCAGAAUUACGGGUCGAUGGCCGAAGCAAUAUAGUUCCGAGGCAGCCUUUGGUCACAGGAAAAGACAGAGACCUACACCGGGAUGGCGGUGAAGUUUCUGAUCUUGCUGAUGAAAAGGUCCGUAGGCUACCUGCUGGAGGGGAAGGAUGGGACAGAAAGAUGAAAAAGAAACGUUCUGUUGGCACUGUUUUUACCAGAACUGUAGACAGUGAUGGGGAAGUUAAACGAGUGGUGCAUCAUAAGUUAAAUAAUGAACCUGGUCUGCAACCUGGUGAUGCCCAAGGCUUCAGGUCAGGAUCUUUUAAUGGGAGUAGUGGCAUCAACAAGGCAGAUGGCAUUUCAUCUUCUACUACAAAUGCCCGGGCCAUUCCCAAGGAAUCAGAAAAAGUUUCUUUGACAAGGGAUUUUGCUACUGGCAUGAAUAAGGAGCGACUUGUAGUGAAAGCAAGCAAUAAGGUAAAUAUUCUGGAGGACAAUAAUCAUACAGUGAGUCCAAGUCCAGUGACAAAAGGAAAGGCUUCCAGGACACCUCGAACUGGCUCAGUGAUGGCAGCAAAUGCAUCUUCUAAUAUUCCCCGCACACCUGGGGCCCUUGAUGGCUGGGAACAACCACCAGGCAUAGCCAAAGGCAAUUCAGUUGGGGGGCCUAAUAAUCGCAAGCGUCCCUUGCCUACAGGGUCAUCAUCUCCCCCAAUGGCUCAAUGGGUUGAAAGAGGACAUAUUUCUGAUUUUGCCACUCGAAUGACUUCUGCUGGGAUCAAGGGGCCACCUCUUGCCAAGGAUGUGAUUAAUGGAACCACACCAGUCAGAAUGAAACAUGAAAAUGUUUCAUCUCCAUCAAGAUUAUCUGAAAGUGAAGAAUCUGGUGCUGGUGAAAAUCGCGAGAGUAAGCCCAAGGAGAAGGGAAUAGGUAGUGGUGGGGCAGAGGAGAGAUCCCUGAAUCAGAAUGCUGUUCCUUCUUUAUUGUUGACAAAGAAGAAUAAAAUACUCAGUAGGGAAGACUCUGGUGAUGGUGUGCGAAGACAAGGAAGGACUGGUCGGGUUGCAUCAUCUUCUAGGACUAGCACUUCACCAAUGAGGGAAAAGCUGGAGAAUCCACCCUCAACCAAGCCACUUAGAAGUACAAGGCCCAUUUCAGACAAGAGCGGAAGCAAGACAGGUCGUCCCCCUCUUAAGAAAAUAUCAGAUCGCAAGGCCUUCACUCGUCUUGGGCAAACACCACCAAGCAGUUCCCCAGAUUUCUCAGGUGAAUCAGAAGACGAUCGCGAAGAACUCUUGGCUGCUGCAAAGUUUGCUUGCAAUGCCAGCUAUCUUUCCUGUUCUGGUUCUUUUUGGAAGAAAAUGGAACCAGUUUUUGCUCCUAUCUGCUCUGAGGAUUCAUCCUACUUGAAGCAACAGUUGAAAUCUACGGAGGAUCUUCACAAGAGAGUAUUCAAAAGAAUGAUAAAGGGGGAAAUGGGAGAGAAUGAAGAGAAUUAUACAGUCUUAAUCCUUUCUGUGGUUUACUAUUCCUCAUCUGGUGCUAAACCUGCCAUGUUUCUUCAGGACGAUCUUGUGCUUGAAGAAGAUAUUCCAUCCCAACUCAUUCAUGAACAAAGUGAGAGAAACUUGCACGACCAAGAUCAACCAAAAAAGUCAGGGAGGACUUCAGAUUUGGUAGAUACAGAUCAGGGCAAUAGUGCUUCAUGUGGAGGCAUAAGAAGAAGAAACAAAGUUACUCCACUGUACCAAAGAGUGUUGUCUGCUCUGAUUGUAGAAGACGAGUCUGAAGAAUUUGCAGAAAACAGUGGAGGGAGAAAUAUUUCUUUUCAAUAUACUAGAGAUAGUUCUCCUGGUGAUAAUUGCCUCUCAGUUGAUUUUGAGCCCGGUAGCACAAAUGGAUUUGAUUUUAAUUACGAAUCCAUGUUGGGUUUUCAAAGUCAGAAGCAAUUUUCUGUUGAUGGUAUUUCUUGCAACGGAAGUACUACUAUUAAUAGGACAAGUGGUUUGCACAAUAAUUUGUGUGAUGAUCAUUUGGUGCAAGGAGGUAAUGGAUACAUGCACUUGAAAACUGGAAUGUGCCUCGGGCCUUUCGAGAAUAAUGAUGAGAAACCAGCUAUACAUUCAAAUGCUUUAAGCAUAUCUGCGUAUGAUUGCCAAUAUGAGCAACUAGGUCUGGAGGACAAACUCUUAAUUGAGCUGGAGAGUGUUUUUUUAUAUCCAGAAACAGUGCCUGAUCUAGCAGAUGGAGAGGAGGAAGCAAUUAAUGAAGAUAUUAUUGAACUUCAGAAGAAACUUUAUCAACAGUUUGGUAAAAAGAAGGAUCACCUGGACAAAUUAACUAGAGCCAUUGAGGAGGAAAGGGAAACACAAGGAUGGCCUCUUGAGCAUGUUGCAAUGGACAGGCUUGUUGAAUUGGCUUAUAGAAAGCAGCUGGCCACUAGAGGAAAUAGUGCUUCAAAAUUUGGGGUCCCAAAGGUUUCGAAACAAGUUGCCUUGGCUUUUACAAAGAGGACUCUUGCUAAAUGUAGAAAAUUUGAAGAUACAGGCAGAAGUUGUUUUUGUGAUCCCUCCCUUCGAGAUGUCAUUUUUGCUGCACCUCUUGCAAAUGUUGCAGAGUCCACAAGUUGCACUCAGGAACCAGGGCCUUCAGGUUCUUUCCCUGGUAGAGCUGAGAGGCAUGAGCUUCACAACAAUAAAUUUGGCAGGGGUGCAUCAUUUGACCAGGAUUUUGCCAAAACUGGACCGAUAUUGAACAGAGGGAAGAAGAAGGAGCUACUGCUUGAUGAUGUUGGUGGUAAUGCUUUGUUCAAAGCCACAUCAUCUCUUGGUAAUACUGUGCUGGGUGGAGCCAAGGGAAAUAGAAGCGAGAGAGAGAGGGACAAGGAUGUACUAGCCAGAAAUUCUGUAACCAAAGCUGGUCGUGCUUCUCAGAGCAAUAUCAAGGGUGACCGUAAAACAAAAUCAAAGCCCAAGCAGAAGAUUGCUCAGCUAUCAACUUCUGGAGAUGGAGUUAUGAACAAGUUCAAAGAAACAGGCAGCAAUAAGAAAAGAGAAGUGGGGGCGUCAUCCAACGGCUCAAAUCUUUUAGAUUCAUCUAAAGAAAGUAAGAGGGCAACCAACACUGCUGCGUUUCAAGAAAUAGACUCUAUACAACUACAUGAUGGCAAUGAUUUUGGUGACACUCAGGAUCUGAAUAGUUUAUUUGAUGGGUUGCCAGAAAAUGACUUAGCGGGUGAAAUACUACUCGACGACCUGCCCCUUCAAAUACCUAUGGACGACCUCUCAAUGAUUCUAUAA